AUGGCGCCAGGGCUGCGCCGCGGGCUCCUCGCGGCCCCAAGACAAAGGGGCCGUCCCCCAGCAGCGCUGCGACCCCCCUCCCAGCCGCCAGUGGAACCGCCCGCGCCUCACCGCUUUUCGCGGCAAAACGGCCGCCGCGGUGGGCGGGCYGGAGCGGCCCAUUCGCCGCGGCGCGGAGGGGUGGGCGGGGGCGCCACGAGCCGCGGUGCCAACGCGCACCGAGCCUCCCCACCCCAUCCCCCGACCGGGAUCCCGUGGGAUCCCUCCGAACCUUCUCCUAGGCCGCCCCCUCCCGCCAUCGCCGCGUGCGGCGCGGCGCGGCGCUCCCCUCCCUCCCCUCCCUCCCCUGCGCUUGGUUCCGCUGCGCACGCGGCACCCGGUUGGGCUGGGGGGGACACUGCGCUCCGCCUCCCGCCUCGCCGGCGUCGCUGCAGCAUGGCGGCGGGCGUGCGGGACGGGCUGCGCGAGCUGCACCGCUGCCUGCAGCUGGGCGAGGCCGGCGGCGCGGCCCUGCAGGGCGGCGGCGCGCUGGGGUGUUUCCGCGUUGUUUUCGGGGCGCGGGGUGACCGCGCUCGCGCUCUGCCCGCAGCGCUGCACGCGUCGCUCGUGUUCGCCCCGCAGCACGGGCUGCUCGCCUUCCUGCGCGCCGCGCUCGGCCGCCACGGGUAUGGGGACUGCGUGGAGGAAGCGCUCAGGUUCCUUUGCCUCUUCCUGGAAAAGAUUGGGGAGAAGGUUCAUCCUUAYGCCGGCAGUGUCAAGCAAAUUUGUAUUAUUGCUUACACAAAAGAGAGGACAGCAAAGUGUAAGAUUUCAGCUGUGGAACUUCUUAUUAAGUUGCUCCAAAAUUUACGACGUUCUUCUGUAAUGGAAGAAAUGAAAGUUGGAGAGAUCUUUAAUAAAUUCUAUGGGGAGCUUGCUGUAAGAAGUAAACUUUCUGAUACAGUUUUGGAGAAGAUAUAUGAGCUUUUGGGAGUUUUGGGAGAGGUCCAGCCUAGUGACAUGAUUAACAACUCUGAAAAGCUAUUCCGAGCUUAUUUGGGAGAACUUAAAACACAAAUGACAUCAACUACAAGGGGACCAAAAUUAACUGUUGUAGCAGGUUGCCUGAAGGGACUGACGGCGCUCAUGUACAACUUCACCAAAUCUGACAAUGAAGAUCCUCAGACUUCGAAGGAGAUUUUUGAUUUUGCAAUGAAAGCAAUCAAGCCACAGGCGGAUCAGAAGCGGUACGCAGUGCAACUAGCUGGUUUACAGCUGUUCAGCAGGCACGCUGCUCAGUUUGGUACCUUCCUCCUGGACAACUAUGACUCGCUAUUUGAAACAAUGUGUAAAUGGUGUGGCCAUACAAAUCAAGAGCUGAAGAAAGCAGGUCACUCUGCCUUAGAUUCAUUUCUUAAGCAGAUUUCUUUAAUGGUUGCUAAGGAUGCUCAGCAGCAUGAGAGCAAAUUGCAAUUCUUCAUGAAGCAGUUCUAUGGAAUCAUCAGGAGAAUGGAUUCAAGCAAUAAAGAGUUGUCCAUUGCCAUUCGUGGAUAUGGGCUUUUUGCAGCACCCUGUAAAGCUAUGCAYUCUAAGGAUGUUGACUACAUGUAUGUUGAGCUCCUUCAGCGCUGUAAGCAAAUGUACCUCACAGAGGCAGAGACAGUAGAUGACCAUAUAUAUCAGCUACCAAGUUUCCUCCAGUCCAUUGCAAGUGUGAUAGUCCAUUUAGAUACAAUUCCUGAAGUAUACACUCCAGUUCUUGAACAUCUAGUUGUGAUACAGAUYGAUAGCUUUCCACAAUACAGUGAAAAAAUGCAGUCAGCCUGUUGCAGAUCCAUAAUAAAGAUAUUCCUAGCCCUGACAGGAAAAGGACCAAUUCUCUGGAGUUUUAUUAGCACUGUAGUGCAUCAAGGAUUAAUCAGAAUCUUUUCCAAGCCAAUCACAUUUUCAAAGGAAUAUUUUGGGAAAAAGACUUCUGAAUCAGAAGAGUUCCCAGCAGCUGGAGAAGUUGGAUCAGGGAAAUGGAAAGUACCAACAUAUAAGGACUAUCUGUAUCUCUUUAGAAGUCUACUGAAUUGUGACACAAUGAAGGAAUCUGUUUUGGAAGAUGAAAACUUUCUUGCCUCAAAUUCAGCAGUGAAGUCCCUCAGUCGUUUGUUAUAUGAUGAACUUAUAAAAUCUAUUUUGAAGAUUGUUGAGAAGUUGGACCUGACUGUUCAGAAACUGCAAGUUAAUGAACAGGAUGAAGCUGAAACUGACAGUGCUUUAGUUGUGCCUACUUCUGACCCCACUUCAAACCUUCAGCCAACGAAGCCUACAGACUUUAUAGCCUUUAUUAAUUUAGUGGAAUUCUGCAGAGAGAUACUUCCAGAGAAGCAUGUUGAAUACUUUAACCCUUGGAUGUAUUCAUUUGGUUAUGAACUUAUUGUUCACUCAACAAAACUACCUCUUAUUAGUGGAUUCUACAAACUGCUUUCUGUUGCAAUGAAGAUUGCAAGGAAAAUAAAAUACUUUGAGGAUGCCARUCUGAAAGGUCUUAGGAAAUGUCCAGAAGACCCAGAAAAAAGUUCUUGCUUUGCCCUAUUUGUGAAGUUUGGAAAARAAGUUACAGCAAGAAUGAAGCAGUAUAAAGAUGAGUUGUUGGCAUCUUGUCUGACUUUUYUGCUCUCCUUGCCACCUGAGAUUAUCAUGCUUGAUAUCAAAGCAUAUAUUCCUGCACUGCAGAAUGCGUUUAAGCUGGGCCUUAGCUGUACCCCAAUGGCCGAUCUGGGACUGGAUGCUUUGGAAGACUGGUCAGCUCACAUUCCCAAACAUAUAAUACAACCUUACUACAAAGAUGUUCUGCCUCUUCUGGAUGGUUAUUUGAAAAACUCUACAUCUACAGCUGAAUCACAGAAUAACUGGGAAGUAAGGAAACUUUCUAGAGCAGCCCAGAAAGGAUUUAAUAAAGUUGUGAUACAGCAUUUAAGAAAAGCGAAGACUUCAUUGGAUGGGGAUCCUUCCUUGGAAGCAAUAAGGACCAGAGUGGCACGACUUCUUGGAUCUUUGGGAGGGCAGAUCAACCACAAUUUAAUUACAGCUACCCCUGCRGAAGAGAUGAUGAAGAAAUGUGUGUCGUGGGACACCGAGAAGCAUCUGAGCUUUGCUGUACCCUUUGCAGAUAUGAAGCCAGUCAUCUACUUGGAUGUGUUCUUGCCUCGUGUGACUGAAUUGGCUCUUUCUGCUAGUGACAGACAAACAAAAGUGGCUGCGUGUGAGCUGCUGCAUAGCAUAGUUGCAUACAUGUUGGGGAAAGCGUCUCAGAUGCCAGAAAGACGUCAGGGUCCCCCCGCCAUGUAUCAGUUAUACAGGCGCAUCUUCCCGGUGCUGCUCCGCCUCGCUUGUGAUGUGGACCAGGUAACCAGACAGUUGUAUGAGCCUUUAGUUAUGCAACUCAUUCACUGGUUUACCAACAACAAAAAGUUUGAGAGUCAAGAUACAAUGGAAUUCCUGGAAGCUAUCUUGGGUGGCAUAACGGAUCCUGUUGACAGCACUCUGAGAGAUUUCUGUGGUCAGUGUGUUCGAGAAUUUUUGAAGUGGUCUAUUAAGCAGACAACGCCAAAACAACAGGAGAAAAGCCCAGUCAACACCAAGUCUCUUUUCAAACGAUUGUAUAGCCUUGCUCUUCACCCCAGUGCUUUCAAGAGGCUUGGAGCAGCGCUUGCUUUUAACAACAUCUACAGAGAAUUUAGGGAAGAGAAUUCUCUGGUGGAGCAGUUUGUAUUUGAAGCACUGGUUGUAUUUCUGGAAAGUCUGGCCUUAGCCCAUACAGAUGAGAAAUCACUAGGUACCAGUCAACAAUGCUGUGAGGCUGUUAAUCAUCUGAAGCGCAUCAUCAAGCAGAAAGCUCCUUCUCUAAAUAGAGCAGCAGAACGACGAGUACCACGGGGGUUUCCAGCUACUAAGACAGUGUGUCUUCCAGACAUUGUCCUGUGGCUCUUGGUGCAGUGUGGGCGACCGCAGACAGAGUGCAGGCAUAAAUCCAUGGAGCUCUUCUAUGAGUUUGUUCCCUUAUUACCAGGAARUAAGUCUCCAUCUUCCUGGCUCGCUGAUGUUCUGAAAGAGAAAGGCUUUUCUUUCCUCAUUAACAAAUUUGAAGGAGGCGGCAGGGAUGCUGGUAGUCUGUCUGGAAUCCUUUCUCAGCCCACUCUUCAUGGCAUGCAGGAGCCUUUUAGCUUACGGACUGUUGUACAGUGGAUGGACAUGUUCUUAGCARCACUGGACUGCUACAAUACAUUCUUUGAGCUGCGAAUGAUCAAACCUCAUGAAAUACUGGGUAUAAAUGAAAGAUCUUCAUUCUUAAAAGCUCUGCAGUUCUUCCUUGAAACUAUUGCUUUGCAUGACAUCCAGGCAGCAGAGGAGUGUUUUGGCUGCAGCUCUAAAGGCAGCAUGUUCAGUCCACAAGAAAGAGAAGUGUAUAAUUACAGCAAAUGUACCAUUAUAGUCCGGAUCAUGGAGUUCGUCACCAUGAUCCUGGAAUCUUGCCAGCAGGAUUUUUGGAAGCUGCUUGAGAAGGAAUUACUUAAUGCAAGCUUUAUAGAGCUUCUGGCGAUGACUGUGUGUGAUCCACUGCAUGUAGGCUUUAACACAGCUGAUGUGCAAGUCAUGAAAAACCUCCCAGAUAUCUCAGUGAGACUCAUGAAAGCUUUGAUGAAAUCUCCCUAUAAGGAAUCUUUGAAACUAAGCAUGAGAAAAAGACUCACGCCACAAAGCCUUGAGGACCUUUGUUCUGUUGCUCUGCUUAAUUCAGACACACGCUUUGAUCACGUCAGGUACAGCGCUAUCCUUUCUGCCUGCAAGCAACUGCAGAAAGCUGGCCUGCUGCAGUCUGUUCUUCACAGUCAGGAUGAAGUGCCUCAUUUUUCACUUGGCUACAAGCUGCUUUUGGUUGUGUAUAAAGGCAUUGCACCUGGAGGGGAAAGGGUCCCUCUUCCAUCACUGGACAUCAGCAAUAAGCGAUUAGCUGAUGGGCUCCUGCAGCUGGCCUUUGCUAUUGAUCAUCAGUGUGAGGAACUGGUGAGUCUGCUGUUGAACACAGUUGUGUUAUCAGUGCCAUUGUCAGGAGCAUCCCAGAAGAACCUGAUAAAUUUCUCCCAUGGAGAGUAUUUCUACAGUCUCUUCUCAGAAACCAUUAAUGAACACCURCUAAAAAACCUUGAUAUGGUCAUACUCCAGCUUAUGGAAUCAUCUGUCAGCAGUCCCCAAAUGGUUGGUAGCAUUUUGAAUGGCAUGCUUGAUCAGAGCUUUAGGGAGCGCACCAUACGCAAGCAGCAAGGAUUAAAGCUGGUUGCAGCUGUGCUAAGAAACUGGAGGAAACUUGACGGUUGGUGGGCCAAAAGUUCUACUUCUGAGAGCAAAAUGUCUGCCUUGACCCUGCUGGCAAAAGUUCUUCAGAUUGAUUCUGCAGUUUCUUUCAACACAGAUCAUGAAGCAUUUAGUGCUGUUUUUAAUACCUAUACUAGUCUACUUAUUGAUCAGGAUUUGGACUUAAAUCUCAAGAGCCAAGCAGUGAUUAUUCUUCCAUUCUUCACUAACCUGACUGGAGAAAGACUUAAUGACCUUAAGAAUGCUCUUGACCAACUUAUAGCUUUCAAUUUUCCCUUGAAAUCAGAUGAAUUUCCCAAAGGAACCUUGAAGCACAAUAACUAUGUAGACUGCAUUAAGAAGUUUUUAGAUGCAUUGGAACUGUCACAGAGUCCAAUGUUGUUACAGUUGAUGACUGAAGUGCUUUGUAAGGACCACAAACAUUUUAUGGAGGGCUUAUUUCAAACCACCUUCAAAAGAAUUUCCAGAAGGAGUAGCAGUGACAAGCAAGUGAUGCUGUUGGACACUGUUCACAGAAUGUUUCAGAGUGAAGAUCUUCGUUCAAAUACCACCCGCCAAGCUUUUGUGGAUCGCUCCCUCCUCACUCUAUUGCUGCACUGCAGCUUGGAUGCACUAAGGGAGUUUUUUGGCARGAUUAUUGUGCAAGCUAUGGAUAUGCUUAAUUCCAGGUUUACAAAGUCCAAUGAAUCUGCUUUUGAUACACAAGUCACCAAGAAAAUGGGGUAUUACAAGAUGCUAGAAGUGAUGUAUGUUCGUCUCUCAAAAGAGGAUGUUUACUCCAAGGAUUCUAAAAUUAACCAAGCUUUCCGUGGAUCCUUAAGCACUGAAGGAAAUGAACUUACCAAGACUCUGAUAAAGUCAUGCUAUGAUGCAUUUACAGAAAACAUGGCAGGGGAGAGUCAGCUGCUGGAAAAGAGGAGACAGUAUCACUGUGCAGCAUAUAAUUGUGCCAUUGCUGUUAUCAGUUGUGUCUUCACUGAGAGUAAAUUCUAUCAAGGCUUUCUCUUUACAGAAAAAGCAGAAAAGAACUUGCUGAUUUUUGAAAACCUGAUAGACCUGAGACAUCAAUAUUCAUUUCCAGUAGAAAUUGAGGUGCCUUUGGAAAGGAAGACGCGGUAUCUUGCUAUUAGGAAGGAAGCCAGGGAUGCAGGAAAUGGGAAUCAAGAUGAGCCCAAGUAUUUACCUUCUGCAUCAUACAUGAUGGAUAGCAGUUUGAGUGAGGAAAUGAGCCAGUUUGACUUCUCUACUGGAGUCCAAGGGUUUUCUUAUAGCUCCCAAGAUGUUACAGCUAGYAAUCCUCGUUUCAGGAGAAAGGAGCCCACGGAAUACAUGGCUUUAGAUGAUGAGACAGAACUGGAAAUGGAUGAGCUCAAUCAGCAUGAAUGUAUGGCUUCUAUGACCACCCUGAUUAAACAUAUGCAGAGAAACCAGAUCACACCCAGAGUGGAGGAGGGAACAGUUCCAGCAGACCUUCCUCUUUGGAUGAAAUUUCUCCAUGGCAAGUUAGGAAACCCAUCAGUACCACUGAACAUUCGCCUCUUCAUAGCAAAACUUAUUGUUAAUACUGAAAAUGUUUUCCGACCUUAUGCAAAGCAGUGGCUUGGUCCGUUGCUGCAACUUGUUGUUUCYGGGAAUAAUGGAGGUGAAGGAAUUCAUUACAUGGUAGUGGAAAUAGUAGUUACUCUCCUCUCCUGGACAAGCGUGGCCACACCCAAAGGAAAUAUUAAAGAUGAGAUUCUAGCUAACAGAUUGCUUGAAUUCUUGAUGAAGAACGCCUUUCACCAGAAAAGAGCCGUAUUUAGACACAAUCUGGAAAUCAUAAAGACAGUUGUGGAGUGCUGGAAGAACUGCCUCUCCAUACCUUACAGCUUAAUAUUUGAAAAGUUCUCUGGUGGCGAUCCCAAUACAAAGGAUAACUCCGUGGGAAUCCAGCUUCUGGGCAUUGUUCUUGCUAAUGAUUUACCUCCCUUUGACCCAAAGUGUGAAAUAGAUCGUGUCAGGUACUUCCAGGCUUUGACCAGUAACAUGGGCUUAUUGAGGUAUAAAGAAGUUUAUGCAGCUGCAGCAGAAGUGUUGGGACUUGCUCUUCACUACAUUGCUGAGAGAGAAAAUAUACUUGAAGAUCCAGUUUAUGACUGUGUCWUAAAACAGCUAAAACAUCAUCAGAACACCCAACAGGAUAAGUUUAUUCAGUGCUUGAGUAAAGUUGUCAAGAGUUUUCCUCCUCUUGCUGACAGGUUUAUGAAUGCAGUGUUAUUUCUGAUACCCAAACUUCAUGGUGUGAUGAAAACAUACUGUCUCGAAGUAAUAAUGUGCCGGGCAGAGGAAAUAGCUGAUCUGCAUUUGCAUUUAAAGAGUAAAGACUUCAUCCAGAUUAUGAAUCACAGGGAUGAUGAAAGGCAAAGGGUGUGUUUGGAUAUAGUUUACAAGAUGCUGUCUAAGCUGAAACCACUAGAACUUAAAGAACUUCUUCCUGGAGUAGCAGGAUUCAUCUCUCACCCUUCCGUAAUAUGUCGACAGCGCAUGUAUGACAUUCUGAUGUGGAUUUAUGAUAACUACAGUGAUCCAGAAAGCCAAACAGAUGAUGAUUCUCAAGAAGUCCUCAGACUGGCCAAAGAAGUCUUACUUCAAGGACUGACYGAUGAGAACGCUGAACUGCAAUUAAUUGUUAGGAAUUUUUGGAGUGAUGAGACAAGGUUACCUGCAAAUAUUCUGGAGCGCAUGCUGGCAUUGUUGAGUUCAUUAUAUUCCACCAAGACAGAAACUCAGUACUUGAGUCUGAUCACAAAUUUUCUACUUGAAAUGACCAGCAAGAGCCCAGAUUAUUCCAGAAAAAUGUUUGAGCAUCCACUUUCUGAAUGCAAAUUUCAGGACUUCAUAAUUGACUCCAGCUGGCGUUACCGAAGCACUGUGCUCACACCAAUGUUUGUGGAGACUCAAGCUUCUCAGGGCACCAACAGGAGUUUGGCACAGGAAAGAUCCCCUUCGACAUCUGGGUCAGUAGGUGGUCGAGUGAGGGCUACACAACAGCAAAAUGAAUUUACACCUACACAGAAUAUCAGUGGUAGAAGUUCUUUUAAUUGGCUAACUGGAAACAGCAUCGACACAUUAGCAGACUACAUGAUUCCUUCAUCCUCUGAAUCCUUGUCCUCAUCUAUGCUCUUAGUUAGCAAGCGGAGUGAAAAAUUUAAACAAGCAGCCUUUAAACCAGUGGGGCCCGAUUUUGGAAAAAAAAGGUUGGGUUUACCUGGAGAUGAGGUGGACAGCAAAACUAAAGGUAUAGAUGAACGGACAGAAAUUCUGAGGCUGCGGAGGCGUUUCUUGAAGGACCAAGAAAAACUCAGUCUGAUUUAUGCUAGAAAAGGUGUGGCUGAACAGAAACGAGAAAAGGAGAUGAAAUCUGAGCUAAAGAUGAAGCAAGAUGCCCAGGUUGUUUUAUACAGAAGUUACCGAGUGGGAGACCUCCCUGACAUCCAGAUUGAAUAUAGCAGUCUGAUUGCCCCUCUGCAGGGCCUUGCCCAGAAAGAUCCAACAUUUGCCAAGCAGCUUUUCAGCAGUUUAUUUACUGGAAUUAUGCACGAAGUAGAGAAAUYGAAAACUCCUUCUGAGAAGAAAAUGAUCAUUGAGAAGCUGCUGAAGGACUUCAAUCAUUUCCUGAAUAUGAGCGUGUCUUAUUUUCCACCAUUCAUUGCAUGCAUCCAGGAAAUGAGUUACCAGCACAGAGAGCUGCUCGAACUGGACCCAGCUAACGUGAGCGCGAGCUGCCUUGCCAGCUUGCAGCAGCCCGCGGGGAUCCUGCUCCUGGAGCAGGCGCUCGUGUCCCUGUUCCCUGCUGACGAGCCCCCUCGCAAGCGGAUGCGCGGCAGGGCAGAGCUGCCCCUGGAUGUCACCAGGUGGAUCGAACUUGUCAAGCUCUACCGAUCUCUGGGAGAUUAUGAUGUCCUUCGUGGCAUUUUCAGUGGUAAGAUUGGGACUAAGGAAGUCACACAGAAAGCAUUGCUGGCAGAAGCAAGAGGUGACUAUGCUGAAGCAGUUAAAUAUUAUGAAGAGGCUCUCUCUAAUGAAGACUGGCAAGAUGGGGAGCCAACAGAGGCAGAGAAGGAUUUCUGGGAACUUGCCUCGCUUGAAUGUUACGAUCACCUGACAAAGUGGAAGUCACUGGAGUAUUCUGCUACUUUAAACAUCGACAGUGAACAACCUCCAGACCUAAACAAAGCUUGGAGUGAUCCAUAUUACCAGGAAACCUACCUGCCGUAUAUAAUACGCAGUAAGUUGAAGCUAUUGCUCAAUGGGGAAAAUGACCAGACUUUGCUGACUUUUAUUGAUGAGGCAAUGAAGACAGAACAGAAGAAGGCUCUGAUAGAAAUGCGCUACAGCCAGGAGCUUAGUCUCCUUUACAUCCUGCAAGAUGAUUUUGACAGAGCCAAAUACUACAUAAGCAAUGGCUUGCAGAUCUUCAUGCAGAGCUAUUCCAGUAUUGACACUUUGUUACAUCAAAGUCGAAUGACCAAGCUGCAGUCUGUACAAACUUUGAUAGAAAUACAGGAUUUCAUCAAUUUUAUGGACAAAACAAGUAACUUAACUUCACGAGCUUCCCUUAAGAGACUUCUUAGAAUCUGGACAAGCAGAUAUCCAGAUGCUAAAAUGGAUCCUAUGAACAUCUGGGAUGAUAUCAUUACAAACCGGUGUUUCUUUCUCGACAAACUGCAGGAGAAACUUCCCAGCGAUCAGGCCAAUGAUAGUAUGGAAGUGGAUGAGGAAUAUAGUACUGGUGACCAAAUGGAAGUCGAUCAACAGGAUGAAGACAUUUCUUCAAUGAUUAAAAACUGCAAAUUUAACAUGAAAAUGAAGAUGAUAGAAAGUGCCAGGAAACAGAACAGCUUUUCCAUUGCCAAGAAACUUCUGAAGUGCCUGCAGAGAGAGGCCAGAGCACAGGAAGACUGGCUGGUGAGGUGGAAUUACGCCUGUUGCCGCUUCAACCACAGCAGCUGCCGCAGCCAGAGCUCUCCUGAACAAGUGCUCUCCAUGCUAAAAACGAUUUCCUUACUUGAAGAUACCAAGCCUGAGUACCUAAGCAAGAAAGUCGCGGCCUUCCGAAACCAGAAUCUUCUGCUGGGCACCACGUACCGCGUGAUGGCCAGUGCCCUGAGUCGUGAUCCAGCGUGCCUUGAGCAGAUCAAGGAAGAGGAAGCUGGAAAAGUAGCGGUUCUGUCGGGAGAGAGUCUUCAGAGUCCUGAAAAGGUGUUAGCAGGGCUGAACAAGAGGGCUUUCCAGUGUUUCAGGAGUGCCGUGAGGAAGUCUGAAGAGGAGGUGCAGUCGCACUCCGUGGAACACGUGGAUGUUGCUGGAGUUAUUGAUGCCUACAUGACUUUGGUUGGUUUCUGCGACGAGCAUCUACGCAAGGAAGAGGAAGGCUUGCUUGAAAUCAACAUUGCAGAUCURCAGCUAUUCCCAGCUAUUGUGGUGGAGAAAAUGAUAAAAGCUUUAAAAUUGAACUCCAGAGAAGCCAGGCUGAGAUUCCCAAGACUGCUGCAAAUAAUAGAAAAGUAUCCAGCAGAGACACUGGGUCUGGUGACACGGGAGCUUUCCUCAGUUCCCUGUUGGCAGUUCAUAGGUUGGAUUAGCCAGAUGAUGGCACUGCUUGACAAGGAUGAAGCAAUAGCCGUGCAACACACUGUGGAGGAGAUUGCAGAUACCUAUCCCCAGGCCAUCAUCUACCCCUUCAUGAUCAGCAGUGAAAGUUACUCUUUCAAAGAUACUGCAACUGACUGUAAGAACAAGGAGUUCGUAGAAAGGAUCAAGAAAAAGCUCGACAGAGGAGGGGUAGUUCAAGAUUUUGUCCACUCCCUGGAACAGCUCUCUAAUCCCAUGUUGCUUUUUAAGGAUUGGACUGAAGACGUCAAAAGUGAGCUGUUAAAAACUCAGAGGAAUAAAAAUAAACUUCAAAACAAGUAUGAAGAAAUGUACAGGAAUUUGGGAGAUUUAGAAGCCCCUGGCCUUGGAUUGCUAAGGAAAAAAUUUAUUCAGGCUUUCGGGAAGGAAUUUGACCGUGAAUUUGGAAAACAUGGCUCCAAACUGUUGAAUAUGAAGCUUAGUGAUUUUCAGGCAAUUACAAAUUCUCUCCUCUCAAAAAUGGCCAAAAGCAAUAAAGAACCUGGAAACCUGAAGGAAUGUUCACCGUGGAUGAGUGAAUUCAAAGCUGAGUUCUUGAGAAAUGAAAUCGAAGUUCCUGGUCAGUAUGAUGGGAAAGGAAAACCAAUGCCAGAAUACCACGUGAGAAUAUCUGGAUUUGAUGAACGGAUAAAAGUAAUGGAAUCCCUGAGGAAACCAAAACGGAUAACRAUCCGAGGCAGCGAUGAGCAGGAGUAUCCUUUUCUCGUCAAAGGUGGUGAAGACUUGAGGCAAGACCAACGCAUUCAACAGCUGUUUGAUGUAAUGAACAUUAUCCUUUCCCAAGAUGCUGCCUGUAGCCAGAGAAAUAUGCAAUUAAAAACAUACCAGGUCAUACCCAUGACAACAAGGCUGGGGCUCAUCAAGUGGUUGGAAAAUACCUGCACUUUAAAAGAAUUCCUUAAAAAUAGCAUGACUGAAGAGGAAGGCUUUAACUAUAGCAGCUCGAGAGGACCCCCAGCUACUUAYAACGAAUGGCUGUCCAGGAUGGGUGGGAAAGCGCAAGGCAUCUCUCGAUAYCAGUUUAUGUACAAAAACGCCAGCCGCACGGAAACGGUGAUGUCUUUCAAAGGCAGGGAAAGCAGCGUGCCCGAAGACCUGCUCCGGAGAGCCUUCGUGAAAAUGAGCACCGCUCCGCAGGCCUUCCUGGCGCUGCGCUCCCACUUUGCCAGCUCCCAUGCGCUCAUGUGCGUCAGCCACUGGAUCCUGGGCAUCGGGGACAGGCACCUCUCCAACUUCAUGAUUAACAAAGAGACAGGCGGCAUGGUGGGCAUAGAUUUUGGAUGUGCAUUUGGUUCUGCCACGCAGUUUUUGGCGGUGCCGGAGCUGAUGCCUUUUCGCCUGACUCGCCAGUUUGUCAGUCUGAUGAUGCCAGUGAAAGAGGGGGGGCUCAUUUACAGUGUGAUGGUCCAUGCCCUGCGAGCUUAUCGUGCAGACCCCGAUCUCCUCAUCAGCACCAUGGAUGUGUUUGUGAAAGAGCCUUCUUUGGACUGGAAGAACUUUGAACAGAAGCAGCUGAAAAAAGGAGGCACAUGGAUUCAGGAAAUAAACACGUCUGAAGUAAACUGGUACCCUCUGCAGAAAGUCAAGUAUGUCCAAAGAAAGCUUAUGGGUUGCAAUCCAGGAAGAAUCACUUGCGACGAGCUGCGCCUGGGCUUCGAGAAGUCGCCGGCGUUCCAGGAUUACGUGGCCGUGGCCCGCGGCAGCGCCGAGCACAACGCGCGCGCCCGGGAGCCCGACGACGGCCUUUCCCCGGAGACCCAGGUGAAGUGUCUCAUCGACCAAGCCACGGACCCCAACGUCCUGGGCAGGACCUGGGCGGGCUGGGAGCCCUGGCUCUGAAGGGUCGGUGCCCAAAGCACUGGGCAGUGAGUGGAGCCCACUGUGAUGCACAGCUGUGGCCAGAGCAGAAUGCUAGGGCCAAAGUAAGAGGAGAAAAAAGAAGAAAAAUUUUUAAAAAUAAUUCAUUUUUGCUUCUAUCAACACGGAGUAAUUAAUAGAUGAAGUAAGUGUUUUAUAUCAAAGCUGUUUUCAAACCGAUUUGUUAAUGUGCAACAAAACAGCGGUUUUGUCUUUGCAUUAAAGUCAUGAGAGGAAUGUGUCAGCUCUGCUCAGAAGGGAGAACUGGAGAGGCUGGAGCUUUAAGGGUACUCGGAAAGGCACCGAUGAAGAUCACAUCUGUUCUGAGGUGGGAAUAGAUGCACGUGCUGCAGGCACCGGCAGAGCAGCAGCUGCCACCAACCUGCCCUUGCUGCAGCAGGGAGGAGGCUCCUGCACUUAGGUAUUUGCUUGUGACAGAGCUUAGGUUGGGAUCUUAACCUCUGCCAGCCAGUUUUCCAGUAACCCUUGUAGCAAACAGAGCAUAGCAGAGAUAUCCACGUGGAAGAAUAUUCCCCUAAAAAGUUGCGCUGCUCGUUGUCCAGCAUUUGCUCCAGAAGGUAUUUUCCAUGGACUCGUUAAACAGAUGUAAUGAGAGUGUUUGCCCUUUCAUGCCUGCAAGCUUCCCC